GCGCCUCUAUCAGUCGUAACACAACAUGCGCAGUUGUACUAACUAACAGUCUCUUUACAGGUGGAGCUGGGUUAAGGUCACUUAAAUAGCAUUUCCACUCUGUUCUAGGGGAACCAGUGUUGAAGGAGAGCCGCCAUGGUGUUCCUGACGCUGUCCUGUUGGAUCAGAAACCGUGGACCUGACAGAUAUUGGAAAGUUCAAGAAGUUCUCAAACAUGCACGGCACUUCAGAGGCAGAAAGAACCGCUGCUACAGUCUGGCCAUGCGGGCGGUCCGGAGAGCUUUCGUCUACGCCACUUCAGGUCGGACGCUCAAGAAGCGCAACAUGAGAACCCUCUGGAUCACACGCAUUGCAGCAGCAUCAAGAGAGCAUGGCCUGAAGUAUCCCAUUCUUAUACACAACCUCACCAAGACAAAUGUUCAGCUCAACCGACGUGUAAUCAGUGAUCUGGCCAUCACAGAACCUCGGUCAUUCCUCUCACUGGCAAAGCUGGCGCGGGCUCGGCAACAGGAAGGCUUCCGUGGAGCGUUGGGUGACGGCAAAGAGCCUUCUGGUGUCUUCUCCCGUGUUGUUUUGCUACAGUAAAGGACUUGCUGCAGUGAAAGAUCUCCAGUUGUUAUGUGGUUGAAAGAAUGCUGUUGUUGGAUUGUAGAGCUAUUCAUGAAAUAGUCAGUCAGGCACACACUCACUUCCUUGCUGUACAGCUAUCUUGCUCAAGGACACUCCCUCUGACCUUGAAAUACAGUUUCUCCACUCAAUAUGCUCAACUGCACCCAUGCUGCUAUUGUGUUCAAAAGCAGUGCAUCCCUAGAAAAAGAUUUGACAAAUGUACACUGGUGAUCCAGUUCAAGUUCAAUAUAGAGUAAAUUAGAUGAUAUUUUUGAAAUUGUGCACCUUGUCAUAAUAAGGAUAGUUUGGUCACAGACAGCCCUGCUUCUGCUCCGUUCACUGAUUUCAACCCAACCCCAUCAUGUGUGCCAGACUUUUCCGCCUACAGUGUUGCCGACAAAAUACUCCACUACAGCCGUCCUGAUCACCGCCAGUAUCAUAAUGCAGCAUGCGAUUAUGAAUUCACAUAACCCUCUGUGUGUUUUGCAUAAGUAACCUUUGGUUUGGUUAUGAUUUGAUGCAGAUUGUGAGUUUUCAGGUGGUUGGGCAGAAGACUGACCUCAAGCUUUUUCAUUUGAGUUGUGUCUGUGUUAAUAUUUAUUUUGCCAAUUGUUGAGGUUAUCCUCUGACUGUUUGGUUCAUUAAACAUUUUGAUAUAUUUA